CCCCUUCCGCUUCCGGUGCGGUGGGGCCCGGCGGUGAGCCAUGACCCAGGCGGAGAAGGGGGAGGGGGAGAACGGGAAGGACAAGGAGCGGGACCGGGAGCGCGAGCAGCGCGGCGUGAAGCGGCCGAUCGUCCCCGCCGCCGUGCCCGAGUCCCUGCAGGAGCAAAUCCAGAGCAACUUCAUCGUGGUGAUCCACCCCGGGUCGAGCACCCUGCGGCUCGGCAGGGCCACCGACACGCUGCCCGUGGGCAUCCCGCACGUCAUCGCGCGGCGGCACAAGCAGCAGGGACAGGCGGCCUACAGGGACAGCUGGCUCCUGCGCGACGGGCUCAGCAAACCUGAAAGUACUGAACAGAGACAAAAUGGCCUUAAAAUGGUGGACCAAGCAAUAUGGUCCAAAAAGAUGUCAAAUGGUGCGAGGCGUAUACCAGUGUCACCCGAUCAGGCCAGGUCAUACAACAGGCAGAUGAGGCCAGCGAUUUUAGAUCAUAGCUCUGGGGCCAAGUGGACAAACACAUCGAAUCAUCCUGAGUUUUUGGUAGGAGAGGAGGCACUGUACGUCAGUCCGCUAGACUGUUACAAUAUACACUGGCCUAUCAGAAGAGGGCAGCUGAAUCUUCACACAGGACCUGGUGGCUCCCUCACUGCAGUAUUAGCAGACCUUGAAGUUAUAUGGUCACACGCAAUACAAAAAUACUUAGAAAUACCACUGAAAGACUUAAAGUACUACAGAUGCAUUUUACUAAUUCCUGACAUCUAUAAUAAACAACAUGUAAAAGAACUGGUAAAUAUGAUCCUGAUGAAGAUGGGCUUCUCAGGAAUUAUUGUACACCAGGAAUCUGUCUGUGCUACUUUUGGAAGUGGUUUGAGCAGUGCAUGUAUAGUGGAUGUGGGAGAUCAGAAGACAAGUGUUUGCUGUGUAGAAGAUGGCGUUUCUCAUCGCAACACCAGGCUAUGCCUUGCAUAUGGAGGAUCUGACGUGUCAAGGUGUUUUUAUUGGCUUAUGCAACGAGCAGGAUUCCCAUAUAGAGACUGUCAGUUAACUAAUAAAUUGGAUUGCCUAUUGCUUCAGCACUUGAAGGAGACAUUUUGUCAUCUGGACCAGGAUAUUUCUGGAUUGCAAGACCAUGAGUUCCAGAUUCGUCAUCCGGAUUCUCCAGCUUUAUUAUACCAGUUCCGAUUAGGAGAUGAAAAAUUGCAGGCUCCAAUGGCUCUGUUUUAUCCAGCGACCUUUGGAAUCGUUGGACAAAAAAUGACAACUUUGCAACACAGGUCACAAGGUGACCCUGAGGAUCCUCAUGAUGAGCAUUAUCUGCUGGCUACACAAAGUAAGCAGGAGCAGUCUGCAAAAGCUACAGCUGAUAGAAAAUCAAUGUCAAAGCCUGGUGCGUUUGAGGGAGACUUGAGAGGCCAAGCCUCAGACAUUUCAGAGAGGAUCUACCCGCAAGAAGUGGAACUGGGAUCUUCCCAGAGCGAUUGUAUGAUAUCUGGAAAUGAUUCAGAGGAACCUUUAACUGCGCACAUGUCCAGAAAAACAGCUAUUUCUCAGUUUGAAGGCAAAGCCUUAGGCCUUGACAAAGCCAUUCUUCAUAGUAUCGACUGCUGUGCAUCUGAUGAUACAAAAAAGAAGAUGUACAGCUCCAUCUUAGUAGUGGGAGGAGGACUUAUGUUUCAUAAAGCUCAAGAGUUUCUUCAGCACCGAAUUCUCAACAAGAUGCCACCUUCUUUUAGAAGAGUUGUUGAAAAUGUUGAAGUCAUCACAAGACCUAAGGAUAUGGAUCCCCGCUUAAUUGCAUGGAAAGGAGGUGCGGUCUUAGCCUGUCUUGACACAACUCAGGAGCUAUGGAUAUACCAGCGAGAAUGGCAGCGGUUUGGUGUCAGAAUGUUACGAGAGCGAGCUGCGUUUGUAUGGUAGUAGAUCUGUUUACAGUGGAACACGAUUAAUUGAGAAUUCCUUUCCCCAAAUGCCCCUGUUUUCCAGUGCAGAUGUAUUGACUUUCUGCUGAUAGAUAUUUUUGUAUUUUAUUAAAACGAACUUCAACUGAGAUUUUUCCAAAAGCGGCACAAAAGUCUUCAGCAUUGCUAUACUUCAUAUUUUGAAUUGUAAGCAUUGAUUUUGUGUACAGUUAUCACAGUAAACUCCAAAUUUAGUACAUUUGUAUUAAUAGAGGUUACGGAUAUUAUAAUUGCAGUGUUGGAAUUUGAGGUAUAAAACAUUAACAUGACAGAUAUUAAGUUUCAUUCCAGAUACGUGUACACAGCAGCAGUAGCUGAAGAGUGCAGGCUGCAGGUUUAAUGCCUUGUUCUGAUUCUUAUUCUAAUGUUUCCUGGAGAUGAAAUUGUUGUAUAAGCAAACAUCAUGGAAAAAGUGAAAUGGAGAACCAAACUACAGUUAUUGUUGGUAUUUUGCUUAUUUUAUCCAUAUGAAUAGAAAUAAACCUUCUCCUCAGUGUUUGCUGCCCAAGUCUGCCAAUUUGAGUUCAGCGGAAGCACGCAUCUCCUGCUGUGCUUAUACAGAAGGAGAACUUGGAGAACUCUGCUUUCUAUUUAUUAUUUAACAGAAAAUUACCUUUGCCUACACAUUUUUUUCAAGAAGUACUUCAUACUUUUGAUGCUCAUAAAACAGCAUUAAAUAUUCAAGCCCAAGACUGCUUGUUGUAAAACUCAUUUCUGUCUCUGUUAAGAGUUAGCGUUGGAUUCCACAAACUCCCUGAGGGUUGAAAAUAUUUCCAUUUAAAAUCGUUAAUAGCUGUGUACGCAGUGAAAUGGAUUUCUGCUGUAACUGUGCUUGCGAUGGGCACCAUACACCCUGCAGGUGGCACCUUGUGACCUAACAGAGUGUUCGGCCUUCGAAGGGGUGAGUCAGAAGCAUUGGUUUCUACAGGGACCCCUUGCAGUUGUUUGAAUUCAGGCACUGUUUGCUUGAAAAUGUAUGCAGUAAAUAUAUAUAACCCAUUAAACCUCCAACAGAUUUAGAAACAGUAUUUAGUAUUAAUGACACAUCUGCACGCUCAAAUCUGCCAGGAAUUUGUUUAGUACGCUAAAGGUACUUUUCUUCAUGUCAUAGAGGCCAAGCAGUAAUUAGACUGAGUGCACAGUGUCAGAAAAAACCCAAGAAAAUUUCUGAGUCCCAUGUUUAUGGAUUAAUAUAUGGCAUCAUCAUCUAAAUUAACCUGUACAGAACUACCUAUGUUUCUACUUUAAAGCCUUAAGUAUGACAAGAUUCAGAUCUACUCAGCAUUCACACAAAGAUUAUACUGUGGAACACUUCUCAGAAUUGAAGUACUUUUCCUCCUUUUGUGUAAUGUCUAUGUGUGUACAUAGCACCCAUUUCAAUACACCUUUUGCUGUAUUUCAUUACAUUUAGGCUGAGAAUUUAAAUGAAUAUUCAAACUGCAAACACCUAUCAUCUUUGUUUCAAGCAUUCUUAAUCGGUAUGAAUAUUAAAAAU